AUGCAAUUACAGUGGGCGCAUUCCAGAGGCGUUCCUUUGAAUCCUGUGCAGGUCUGCCUGCUGUUCCUGGGAGAAAGGAAGAAAAAGGGAGGAAAAGUCCCUCUUGCUUGGAGACGGAAUUCCCUCUUGCUUGGAGACGGAAUGUCUGCUCUUUCCAUUCUCUUUUUAGCCUCCUGUUCUGUUUGGCUGUCCAAGGCUCAGACUGAAUUUAAGAGAGUGGCUGAAGAGAACGUGACUCUGCCCUGUCACCAUCGCCUGGGGCUCCUGGAGCAAGGGAGCCUGGACAUCGAGUGGCUGCUGCACGUCUCGGAGACGGUGCAGAAAGCGGUGAUCACUUACUCUGGAGGCCGCGUCUAUGAUGACCUGAAUGAGGAACAGAAAGGGCGUGUUUCCUUCACAUCCAACUUCCUUGCUGGAGAUGCAUCCUUACAAAUCAUAUCCCUGCAGUCCAGUGAUGCAGGGAAGUACAUUUGUAAGGUUAAAAAUGCUGGGCAGUACGAGUGGGCUCGAAUCACCCUGAAGGUUGUAGAAAAGCCCUCCAAGCCCAAGUGCUGGCUGGAAGGGGAGCUGCUGGAGGGCAAGGAGCUGGCCCUGCAGUGCCGCUCGGCCUCGGGCACCGCGCCCAUCUCCUACCGCUGGCAGCGCAUCCGCCGCGAGGACCGCAGAGCCGAGCACCUCCCGCCCAGCUCCACAGUCAACAUUUCCAAGCCUGGCCAAGUCCUGCUGAAAAUGAGCACGGGGUUGUACCAGUGUGUUGCCACCAACGAGGCAGGACAAGAAAGCUGUGUUGUUCAGGUGACAGUGCAACAUGCCCAAAAUAUUGGCAUGAUUGCUGGAGCAGUCUGUGGUGUGGUGCUGGGGCUCUCCCUUCUUUUCCUGGUGGUGAGGCUGACGAUAAGGAGGAAAGAGAAGAAGAGAUAUGAGGAAGAGGAGACACCAAAUGAAAUCAGAGAAGAUGCUGAGGCACCCAAGGCCCAUCUGGUCAAGCCCAGUUCCUCCUCCUCUGGUUCCAGGAGCUCACGCUCAGGCUCCUCCUCAACCAGGUCAACAGCCAACAGUGCCUCCCGCAGCCAACGGACUUUGUCAACAGAAGCUACUCCCCAUCUCACUCCUCCCCAGUACAGCCAGAGGCAGGCAGAAGGAAAGGAAACGGAGCCAAAGAAAGUUGACUACUCCAACCUGAUGAAAAUGGGAGCCACUCUGGUGAUGGUGCCUGCCCAAAGCCGAGCCUUCCAGACAGUCUGA